AUGGAACAAGCUCCGGCAAUUAAACAAGGUCAAAUAAACCUACCCGCGCCGUUUUGUAUGACUACUUUGCUUCAUUUAACUGAUGAAACUGCUAGACCUUUAAUUAGCUUAAGUACCCACAAGGGCCGAUAUCUUUUUGGGAAAGUUCCAGAAGGUUCCCAACGAAUUUUGAACACCUUCAAAUUGCGUUAUAAUAAUCUUAAAGGUAUUUUUCUUUCAGGAACAAUUAAUUCAUGGACAGAUAUUGGUGGUCUUGCUGGACUUUUCUUGACUAUAUCCGAUGGAAGUUCUAAAGAUGUGAAUGUAUUUGGUAAUAGAAACUUAAUUCAAUAUAUUAUUGCAACUUGGAGACAUUUCGUAUUUAGAAAAGGAGUUAAAAUCAACAUUACUGAUCCAGAAUCUGAUCUAAUACACGAUGGCGAAGAAGUAAAUAUUUUCAGUAUUAAAAUUCCUAGGGAUAAACCUACCCAUACUACUCGCAGAGAUAGGCAGAAAAUCCACAAUAGUGCAUUAGAUAAACUUAUAUCAUGUAUGUUCCCGAUGGAUACCAGUAUUGUGAAUAGCAAAGAUCCAGAAUCUUACACCAAGAUAGAUCCUAGCCUUCAUACGUAUGUUGAUUUGCCGCCAGCUCCUCACGUAUAUCAAUCACAAGAAUCAUACUCUUAUUUGAUACGAAUUUUGCCUGCUCCCGGUAAGUUCAAUCCUAAGGAGGCCAUUGCUCUUGGGGUGAAGCCGGGUCCUUUGUUUAGACAGUUACAGUUGGGUCUGGUUGUAUUGAAUGAAGCCGGGGAAGAGGUCCAUCCUCAUCAAGUCAUGGGCGAAAGCAGAAAAUUGUCGAAAGUAUUGGUUGUGGAUAUUCCAAAUAAUUUUUAUUAUGGCAAUACGAUUAAAUGUAAAGAAUGGUUUAUCAAAGAUGAAAAGAAAGGAGAUGAAGAUAUUGGAUUGGUUUAUCAUUUCUUGGGAGCUGAUGUUGAUUUCAAUUUGGAAAAAUAUACAAAAGACUUCUUGUGUCAAUUUCCUCAAGAUACCCAACAUGUCAUUAGUCAUCCUUCAAUGACUAACAAUACAAUAUUAAACAUCCGUUCAUCGUGUAAUAUUUUAACUUUGAAAUCAUUAAUGAAUGAAAAUUUCAAUGUAAUAAACCUGGAGCCAUACGUGCCUUUAAAUCCAAAUGAUAGAAUAACUAGGCUUCACGCCCUCCAAACAUAUUGUAUAACCUAUGAUGGAAUUCAACCAGAUACCUCGGCCAUUUUUGAUGGUGACAGCGAACAGAUUUAUAAAGAGAAGGUUAUUCCUUCACUUGAACCGUUAGAUGUCCCUAUUAAAUCAUUUUCAGAGUUGGCAAAUAAGAAAAUAGACUUCCUGUCAAGCAAGAGCAGUUCUUCGCUCAAAGACCAAGUUCAAGUUAUUACCUUGGGUACUGGUUCAUCUUUACCUACUGCGAGUAGAAACGUUACUGGAAACUUAGUAAGAAUUCCAUUCCGGAAGACCAAAGAUUCUGAUAUAACUUUUAGAAGUGUUUUAUUAGAUGGUGGUGAAGCCACCCUUGGAAAUCUUAAGAGAAUGGUAGGUCCUAAUGGAUCUCAAGAGUUAUUGAAAGAGUUGUCUUUGAUUUUCUUGAGUCAUUUACAUGCGGAUCAUCAUUUAGGUAUUGUUUCCGUAAUCAAUGAAUGGUUUGAAGUGAAUCACGAUGAUGACGAUGCCAGAUUGCAUUUGAUUGUACCAGAUGACUAUAUUAUGUUCUUGGAAGAUUGGUAUUCAUUGGAAGAGAACUACCAUAAGUUUUAUAAUAAGGACAAGCUUCGUGUCUUCAGUGCAGAAGCGUUCGUACCUCCUCUGCGUGCGACCGGUCCAGUGAGACCAAUUAGCUUGAAACAGUUUGAAAGAAUAUUUGAUCUGGGUGAGAAACAUGAUGCUUUUCGUGUUCCAGUUAAUGUUGAUACUAGUGAAAUUUACAAAAUGUACGAAUAUAUUGGGUUGAAGAGAGUUGAACUCGCCAGAGCUCAUCAUUGUGCAUUUUCUUAUAGUUCAGUAAUGAAGUAUAAACUUAGCAAGGACGAGAACUUUAUUGUAUCAUAUUCUGGUGAUACGGCUCCAAACCCAUAUUUUGCAUAUAUAGGAUAUGGAACCGAUUUAUUAAUUCAUGAAGCAACCUUUGCGAACUCUUUAGCUAAGGACGCAUAUGAAAAGAAGCACUCAACAAUGAUUGAAGCCAUACACGUUGCGCUUUGUAUGAAUUGUCCCAAAAUAAUUCUUACACAUUUCAGCUCAAGAUUCGCAAACACUAAUAAUUGCAUCAAAAGAACUAGGAUGAAGGAGGCUGCUGAGCAUGUUGAGCACUAUAUGAAAAACAUGAGAAGAAGGUCAGAGAUCUUUGAUUUUGAUAUUAAAUCGAACCCAUUGAAAUAUUCAAAAACAUACGAUAAUUUAGAGAUAUAUUUUGCUUAUGAUUUGAUGUCUGUCAGAUACAGUGAUAUAAAAUUACAAGAGAAAUAUUGGGAUAUUUUUGAUGAAAUAUUCACGCCAAGUAUGUUUGAAAGAGAAGUUGAUGAAAAUUUUGAAGAAGAAGGUGUACCUCCAAAAGAUGCACCAGCAAAAAGACAAAAAAUCACCGAUCAAUGGUACUGA